AUGCCAGAACCCGAGGCAGAAAUCCAGGCCACUGCCAAUCUCUCCCCUGUCUCUCCGUCGCCCGUUCAUUCUGCCACGUCCUUGGCAGUUCCCGCGCUGCAGGAGACGGUCGAUACCAUCGACGCCAUGGUUGCCGCCGCCGCUGCUGCUGCUGAUGCCGCCAACGGCACGGCCAGCAGCGCCCCUAACCUCGAGCCUAUCUCGGGGGCUGGUGAUGACGAUAUCGUAGAUGACGACAGCCUCAACGACCCCUACGGCGAGGACGACACCGAGGCAGCACCCCAGCCUGAGCCUCAUCCACAGCAGGAGCUCCCAGACAGCAAUGACGACUACGCAAAGACCUUUGAUUCCCCGAUUGGGCCGGAGGAGGGUGAGGACGGGGUCAUUCAGCCAGAAGAUGUAUCAUCGAUGCCCCGAGAAUCCAACCAAGUUUCUCUUUCAUCCGAUCACUUGACAAGUCGCCCAUCAGAAGUCUCACAUGUCGUUCCUGAAUCAUCAUCAGCCCAACCAGGCGAGCCCGUGGCAACGGCCAUUUCCAACGCUUCGUCCGAAGCCCAUCUCGGCGGUGCUACGACACCGGCCACAUCGCAGCCCUCCAACCAGCCGGCAUCGUCUCCAGCUGCAGCCAAGGCGGACUCCAACGCCGCCGGUUCUCCCAGUGCCUCAACUGAUAUUCAACGGCUUGUCGCCGACCUCACUGCUCCUGCUGAGCCCAGUGCCAGCGCAGAUCCAUCUACUCUAUCCGCCAAAGGUGAACCGUCCGCUGAACCGGGACCUUCGUCGUCAGCCUUCCCAUCAUCCGCCUCUCUUCCUCCGAGGCCCCCCCAGUCGCAAGCCGCGCCCCAGUCGUAUGCCUCGCAGCACCACCCAGGGGGCAUCAAUGCCAGUAUCCCUUCCAGUGUGGCCGCACCGCCGACCCCCGGUCAACCGUCAACGUACGUGGCUGCUGGGGCGCCGGCCACGGCUCCUGAUGCACUGGGCAACUUUGCAACUCCUCCUGGCUCUGGUCUCCACGCGCCUGUUGCCAUCACUUCCAUGAAUGCCCCUCCAUACCCGCCUCAGUCCGCCCCCUAUACUGCUGAUCGAGCUCAAGAUGCCGAAUACCAACGUCAGUGGGAUCAGUUCUUGGCUGAUGAGCGACAGUACAUGUCGGAGGCCAAGUGGGACCGCUUUCCUGAAGGCUCUCGCAUCUUUAUUGGCAACCUCUCGAGCGACAAGGUAUCGAAGCGUGACGUCUUUGAUCUGUUUCAUCGGUUCGGAAGGCUUGCCCAGAUUUCUCUCAAAUCUGCCUAUGGGUUUGUGCAGUAUCACUCGGUAGAGGAAGGACGGAGAGCGAUGGAGAACCUCCAGGGAAUCGAGAUCAAGGGGCGCAGGAUCCAUCUCGAAGUAUCUCGUGUCCAGGACAAGACCAAAAAGGAGAGAGCCCGAAGCCCGGAGAGGAACCGGGGGCGUGAUAGCGGACGCCGAAACGAACGACAUGGUCACCAGAACCGGGAUGAUUACCGGCCAGGCCGCGGUCAGUCACCACGUCGUAAUGAUUACCAGAGAGACGAGUCCUAUGGCCGCGAUAGGGGCUUCUAUGAUGGUGGUAGGGGACGUGGGCGGUCACACUCACCAGGCUACGGCCGCAACGACAAGGACAACUACCGGAGAAGAAGUCCAAGCCCCUACGGGCGACCUCGGCACGAAGGCGAACUCGAUCUUCCUAGGCGGUACGGCGCCGAUGUGCCAGACGUUCAAAUCAUUCUCCAGCCAGACGUCAACCGCGACUUUGUCAACUGGGUGGAACAAGCCUUCAAGGCCAAGGGUCUGAGAUCUGAGGUCAUGUACCUACAUCCCAGAAUCCCCAAGGAUGUCGUUGUUCAGCGACAGGCAGCCGAGGGUGUACAUGCAGUGGUGGACCUUGAUCUCAGAGCGCAGAACCUCGGAAGGAUUCCGGUCCAGGCUUUCGACCGCUCAGCAGGCUCAAGUAACGUUCGGUUUGACCAGUAUGUUGACCUGGAGCCUUCUACCGCAGCCGAGGUGAUUAUACGGGCCAAGGCAUCAGGAGGCCAGCCAAGCUACGGCCAGUCAUUCGGCGGAAAUGGUGGAUAUAGCAAUCCGUACGGUGGACAACCACCUCACCAACCGCCCACAUCCGGAUUCCCAGCUGGUCCACCUCAGAGUCAGUAUGGCCAACAGCCUUCUGCAGGUGGUCCCGACAUUGCCAGCCUCGUGGGACAGCUUAACCCUGCCGCACUCCAGCAGCUGUUGUCACAGAUCCAGCCAGGCGGUCAAAAUCCCGUUCACCCUCCAGCAGGAGUCUCUGCCCCCGCCGCGCCGCAGGUUGAUAUACAGGCAAUCUUGGGUAGCUUGGGUGGCAAUGCCACUGCCCAGCAACCUCCUCCGAAUUCUUACGGGGCACCUUAUGGAGCGCAGCCCCCGUCGAACGGAGCACCCCCGAACGGUGAUGCGGCAGUCCAAGUACAGAACAUCAUGGCACAGCUCGCUCGCUACCGACAGUGA